AUGCCACUUCUUGCUACUCAUGUCCUCAACCCAAGCCUUCAUACCAUGGGACGCUCCUAUGGGUGUUUGAUCAACUUCAUGCGAGCAUUUCUGAUAGUUUACAACAUAUUAUUCCUGUUCGUUGGAAUAGCUUUUAUGGCGGUUGGCGUAUUAAUGGUCACUCAAUAUCGGGGAUACACGAGAAGUCUCGGUCCGGAUUUGUCCGUUAUUCCAAUGCUGCUGGUCGUUCUCGGCGUGGUGCUCAUUUUGCUGUGUGGCAUGGGAAUAGCUGGUGGAGCAUUUACUCAUGGAUGUCUGCUCUUUUGUUAUUCCGGACUGUUGCUUCUGCUCAUGUGCGGUGAACUCGCCUUGGCAAUCGUUACAGUAACCGUUCAAGAUGACGUCCAGAAAAAGGCGAAAACUCAAAUCAUUCGAGCCAUGUCCUAUUACAGUGAGCGGAAAACAACGCAAUUCGGUAUCGAUCUCAUCCAACAAAAGUUCAAUUGCUGUGGCAUUACCAGUUACCGAGACUGGAAGCAUGCAUUGAACCGCGAAAUGGUCCCCCGCAGCUGCUGUCUAAAUGAAACCGCUUGCAACCCACAGUACGUUUCUAGGGAUCGAUCCAAUUGGACUCCACCGGGGGUGCGAAAAAUGGGAUGCAUGAAAGCACUGGCAGCUUGGAUUCGGACUCAUAACAGUGUGAUCAUCGGCGUCUUGUCUGGUUCAUGUGUCCUGGAGCUUGCAGGCAUGCUUUUUGGCUUUAUUUUGGCGUAUCGUUUGCGGAAAUUGAUAUCCACGGAAAUGGCCAAAUGAGAUUGAGUCCUUGAAUUGAAGUGAACUCCGAUGAUGUAGUCUUUUACGCGGCGUUGAACAUCUAUUGCUUGCUGCUAAUUUCCAAUUUACUGAGCAUAUAGAUGAAGACUUACUUUUCUCGAAGUACACAACUUGGUGCGAUC